CUCCGCUGCAGCGUUCCUGUCCGAGUGGAAAGUGACAGUGCGCACCACAAACCRCGCAGGAUGACAAAGAAAACCAGCGGUGAGGUUCUCACUGCUGCAAGAAGAGACUAAGAUCUGAGUUUGUGUUCAGCUGGCCUCAAGUGAACUGAGUGCAAACAGAGACCCCCUGCCACCACCUGGAAAACACAGAGAAACUAAGUGGAUUGAAGAAGGCAGAGACUGAGCGGAGGAGUCAAAGAAGAAGGGAGGGACGACAGGGAAGAUUAGCUGCUAAUCCAGUCCACGGACAAUCCUGUAGGAGAUUUGUCCUUCUCUCAGAACGAUGCAGACAAAACAGUGGCAGGAUUACGACGCUUCCGUUUAUUGCCCUCAUCAAGAGAGUGUCGGACAUCGCUUCCCAACGCUUCGAAAGGUCUGAAUGCCUGAGGACUCACAUCUUUGAUGCAGUAGAACCAGUGAACAGCUAACAAAGAGUAAAGCCUUGAAACAGGAUGUCCUGAGGACAGUGUGGUGUCACACGCAUGGAUAAACCUUCUUUAGAGGGAGACGUUGCAUGACGGCAGGUUCCUGUUUUCAGCUUGGUCACUGAGAAGUCAUCACAUAAGAUCUUCUCACUGACAUGGACCACAAACUGGAUUUUAAACUUGACUGACAUGCGUUCAGAGUCCAGACCUUCUCGUUAAGUCUAAAAAGGGAAUAAACAAAACACUUCUUCCACGAUGAGUCUGGGAAAGCUGCCAGGGAUUAAAGGCCUCGUGUCCGGCUCUCAGGGGAAGCGCCGCUUCAAGAGUGACCUCUCCGUCGACAUGAUCAGCCCGCCGCUGGGCGACUUCCGACACACCAUGCACGUUGGGCGUGGYGGGGACGUGUUCGGCGAUACCUCCUUCUUGAGCAACUAUGGAGGCAUUAAGGAGCCAGGGAGUCCGGACUCAGCCAGCAGCUCCAAGUCGACUGGCUUCUUUAUGCGCACCUUUCGGCACGUACGGAAGACCUCCGGGCCACGGCCGCGAGCGGGUUCCCGGGACUUGUCGUCCCCACCGCCUGACAUCUCACCCAUCAUUAAAAACGCCGUGUCUCUGCCUCAGCUGAACGUAGAGUCUGCCAAUGGGUGCCUGCAGAGGAGGGCGCUGUUCCCCAGCUCCAUCAGCUCAACAGACGAUUCCUUCUGCACGUAUGGCGUACAGUCAGGGUUCGUCACUCUGCCUCGCCUCUCUCGACUUGAAAGACAGUUUCCUGACGACGACGUUUGGAAACUGUCUUCACUUGACAAUGAYGGCAACACUCGGACUCGCUCAGAYUCCCUCACUUCGUUCACCCUGGACCUUGGACCUUCUCUUAUGACUGAGGUGUUCAGUGUGAUCGACAACCCAAGCUCCCUUUUAAUAUUCAAUCACAGCCAGGCUGCAGGUGAGGAAGAGGAAGAAGAGGAGAUCGAUGACGACAUCUCUGUGACAGAGAUGCUCGUGCAGACUCCUACAGUUAGUUCACCYGACUCCUCCACGUUCAGCGAGUCGUUCAGUCAUGGCAUGAAUGGGAGAGGGAGCUCUAACAGGACAGAGCAAGAGGACAGGAGGACUCUGAGGACACCUGAUGUGUCCUCUGGGUCUCCUCACAAAGAAGAACCGGCGAUGGAGGCAGAGAGGUUCCAGAGGGCGGCUGAUGUUUUGGCUCGUCAUUAUGGUGGAGGGUCCUUCACAAARGGAACAAGGACUGUCGGCAACAAGACCUCUCCGGGUUUUUACAAAAACCACAAAACAUCGUACGCCUUAUCAGAGGAAGAGGAGGAGAUCAAAGUUUAGAUGAUAAAGCUCUGAAACUGUUUAUUAUCUGAGUUUUUUCAAGUCAGAAAAGAUGAACAUUGUUCCUGUUGUUUCUGCAAACAUUAAUCCAGUAUGUAACACAAUUCAACUACACAAUAUUGUCUAYAUACAUUUAGUAUCWAUCCUGACUAWAGACCUCUGCUUUCUGGCUGUGAURUUUCAAAGAUCUUUGACACUACUUUUUAAAAUGUAUCRUCUAACACUAAUGUGACCAUGGAGGUUCAGCAAACACUCAGUGUUUUACACAUUUUCAGAUGUUUAAGUUUAAAAAUAUAAAUAAUUCAAAUUGAGUUGGGGAACUCAUUACGGUGCAAAGGUUUUCAACCCCUGGAAUCUUUCAGAUUUGUUGCCUUUAACCUUUUAUAUUUAGUAAGUGGUAAAUCUAUACAAARUACUUUAAGAAAAUUAAAUCAUCAUGUGGAAAAAUGAGUUUUAAACUAUUCUAAAAUCAUAUAAACCUGAAAAAUGGUUGAUAUGUAYGGUAUCUAACAAUGACAUGCGGUAAGAAGAGCCCAUCUUGCCAUUAUGAAAAGAAAAAAAUAAUUAUAAUAAGUUUGAGAGUAAUACUGUAUGAAUCCAGUUCUUUGUUAAAAAAUUUAAUUGAACUCAAACAAUUUUGAGUAUUCAGUAAAUAACAAUGUUGUUCAAUGAAAUGUUUUUUGUAUGUAUUAAGAAUGCAGAACACAACUCAGUAACUUCUGCCAAUUGAAUGGUGACAGGUCUACUUCAUAGUGUUUGUACAUCUGUAAAUCUGAUUCUGAUGGAGUCCGUACCUCAACARCUAAUCACCACACAUCACUGACACAGUACAAAGUCAUCCCCUAAAGUCAAUACUUUGUACCUUUUGCAGUUUACAUGAUCAGAUGUAUACGUCUCAAAAUGUUCAUCUGGAAUUUUUAUCCUUUUUCAUGACCAAACCAGAUCCCUCAGGUUAGAUUGAUGCUGCUUGUGUCAAAUAAUAUACCAGAGAUUAACAGUUAGAUUGAAGUCUGAGCUUUGAGCUAUGGAACAUUAAAAUGUUCAUAACUAUAUAAAUAAGUAAAUAAAUAAACAUUAUAGACAAGUAUCUUUAUGAUCAAAUAGUAGAUAAAUGGCAAUGUCAUUGUGAAAUAACUGAAUGAAUGUAUUAUUCUAAGAUCAUUAUUAUGAAAAAUGUUUAUUCUCCUUUAUAAAGGUGCUUAUAAACAAAACAUGUCACAACGAUUUUUUGCCAAUAAUAGAAAUUAUUUUUGAGGCAUUUUAAUUUUAUUUCAGUAGUUUUCAUUCCCAAUGGCUCAUGUAUUUCAAACUGACACUUUUCAACAGAAUGACUUUCUUCAGCUCUUAAUUAGCAGUGUUGCUGAUUCUAAGGUAAAGGUGCUUUAUUGGUCAUCAUGCAAUGACUAAAUUUGUGCUCUGCAUUGGGAGCAGUGGGCAGCCAUAUGCGCCCAGGGAGCAGUUGGGGGUUGGGUGUCUUGCUCAAGGACACCAUGACAUGUGGGCAUGGCAGGGAGUUGAACUUGUGACUUUUGUGUCCCAAGCCAGCUGCUCUGCCACUACACCACAGCCGCACCUUCUGGAGGCUAUCAGAACAGUGUGUACUGGUGUUAAUGAUGAAAUAAUUUAACACUUUGCUCACCAUAUCUCACUGAACUAAUUAUGUAGCCACUGAAGGUAAUGACUGGGACUUCAAAUCAAAAAGGGGUGAAUACAUACACCACUUCAUAAACUUUUAGAAUUAUUUAAAGAUAUUUUCCCAAAAAAUGUAAAUAUUGUUUAUAUUAUAUUAUAUGAAGUAUUUUUUUGGUAAAAUUAUUAGUUACGAUUCAAUUAUAAAUUUAAUUAGUUCCACCUUGUAUGGCAACAAAACAAAAAAUUUUGGAAGUGAAUACUUUUGCAACUCAUUGUCAUCUACACUAUGUUUGUCUUAACACAUUAUUAUAUACAUGUAAAUACGUAUAUUAACAUUUGUGUACAAUUGUAAUUAUGGUGACCUCCUGUAACAUAUAUAAUGUGCUUAUUUCAACAUCAAUGUACCAGUUCAACAUCCUAUGGUAGUUUUAUUUUUAGAUAAAGUUAUUGUUUAUCUGUACACGUUGUGUUUUUUUCAUGUUAUGAAAUGAAGAUUAUUUCACUAUUCAGCUGAAUAUAUUAUUUCAGUAACAAGUCUGGAUAAA